GAAAGAAAUAUAAUUGUAGUAAGGAAAAAAGAAGUUUUGAUAUUUUGUGUUAAGUUUGUCGAAUCGGAAUAGAAUUGAUUUCACUUCCGGCAUUCUACAUACAGUAACUCUAUAUAGAUUCUAUUUUCUCAUUUGUUAUAUUUCAUUUUCAUAUCAUUAGAUCACUUGAGACUAAGGUAGAUUUUAUUGAACUACAUACUGAAGUUAUUUUAAAAUGUAUCAUUUUGAAGAUAUGAUGGAAUAACAAAGAAAUGUCUUGAAUAAUCAAUAGCAUUGAUAAAAAAGAUUUUAUUAAAUAAAGAAAAACAAUAGAAUCAUUCAAUGAUACAUUUAGACAAUAUGUUACUUAACAUAAGAUGAUGGGCGUAGGCGUGAGUCCUAUUUCAAUCGCACAUUCUCAGUCUUUUCCUAUUCACUCAUUCUAGGAUAAUUGUAGUUAUUCUUAUGAAAAUCGAUUGAUAAGUAGAGACGAGUUCGAUUAAGUUUGAAACUUAGAUUCUCUUCAAACUUGUUAUUUCUUAUCGAUUUGAAAGAGAAGAAAAAAGAUUCGAAGAGAUCUCGCUCACUGAUAUGCUGUAAAAAAGAUCGAAAGGAAAAAUAUUCAUCUAACAAGGCAUACAUUAUUUUUGAUCUUAAAAGUGUGAGUUUUAUUAUCCAUUUCCAACUAUAUAAUGUGCUUCACUGUGUUUUGAAUACAUUUUGAUACGAAUAUUAUAGGGACCUGUACUUCUCACCAUUCAAAAGCAAAGACUCGGAGUUAUCGAAAUUUUCUUUCAAUCUACGCAAAACUGAUACUCCCAGCUUGUUUUGUUUAAGAGUUAUUAGACUUGUCUUGAAACUCCCAAUUUCAGCAAAUCAAUGUGCAAUUAUCAGAGAAACUUGCUAGGCAGAAAUAACUCACCAUGCUAAGCCGAAUAGUGAUAUUUAUUUUUUGGUAUGAAAUGAUCCGACUCUUUUAUCUCGAUAUUUCUGAAAUUCCAUAAUCAGUCUUCACAAUUCGAACCUAAAAACAAAUAUCACUAUUUGACUCAGCAUGGUGAAUUAUCUCUGUCUAGCCACUCUUUCUGGUGAUUGCAGGCCAAUUUUUUGAAAUCGUGAGUCUCUGGAAAAGUCUAAUAACUUUUGAAUGGAACAAACUAAGAAUCUUAGUCUUGCCUAGAUCGAAAGAAAAUUUCGAUAGCCUCGGGUCUUCCUUCUUGUAUGGUGGAAACUGUAGAUUUCUAUAAUGUUUCUAUUAACAGUUAUUAAAAAACCAGUGAAACAUACUAUAUUUGGAAACGUCUACUCGAACCCGCACACAUCCUGGAGACAUCACUUCUUUUUAUGUUUUUCGUGUUCUGACAUUUUUUUUCCUUCCGGGUUUUCUGCUGUCAACCGAUAUACUGCUGUUGUCUUAUCUUUGCGUUAAUCAAAUUAAUCUAAAAUUCUAUAAUUUUGUUUUUAUGUUUAGACUCCAAGCGUUCGACAAUUCGUCGUAAAAAAAUUACAAUUCGUAAAUCAACCAGAUCAAAAGAAUUCUCAACAAUUAAUAAUAAUAAUAAUAAUAAUAAUAAUAACAAUGCAUCAAAUGAUGAUAUCAUUAAUCUUGAUAUACAUCAACGAAAACGACAAUCAAAUGAUUCGAUUAUUCCAUUAGCAACUGAUCUUGAAUCUUUACCUGGACAUAAUCAAGAUGAAUCACGUGAUAAACGUUUUCUUGAUUAUACCGAUUUCAAUACAUUAUCAUUACAUUUUAAUACAUGUUUAUAUAUUGAUAAAAAAUCAUUUUCAUCAUCAUAUUUAACUAAACAACAUAUAUUUAAAACACGUCAUAAUGUAUUAAAUAAAAUUUUUAAAUUAUAUUAUAUAAAAACAUAUGAAAAUGAUGUCAAAAUUGAUCAAAACAUAUUUAUCGAUAAAAAUCAAGAAACAAAAUCAAAUUCUUCAUUAUCAACAUCAAUAUCAUUUCAAACUGAUUGGUCUGUUAAUCGUCGAAAUUCAUCAUCAUAUCGACGUGAACCAAAAAAUAUGUUUCAUAUUUUACAAUUAAGUCCAAAAAAAGAUUUAUCUCUAUCAACAAAUAAUAAAUCAACAACGAAAUUAUCAAUUGAACAUCAACAAUAUAUAGAUUAUGAACAUAUUAAAGAUCUUUUAGUACGUACAUAUUAUCCACAUUUUCAUACAGCUGUUCAAUCUGGACAUUAUUUUGGUUCGAAAUCAAAAUUACCAAUAAAACAUGAUUUACCAAUAUUUACUAAUCCUGAAUCACCUAUAGAUACAAAUGAAACAAUUGCAAUUACACUUAAAUCACCACCAUCUACUACAGAACCUGAAUUUAAAACACGUGGACGUAAACCAAAAUAUAAAAAACUAAAAGAUAAACCAUUACCCAUAACAUCUGUCGAACGUCGUGUAAGUGAAGAAAUUCCACCAGUUGUUAUCAAAGAAUCAAUGAUUGUUUUAACACCAACUGAAAUACCAUCACUACCAAUCGUAGAAAAUGAAAUGGAUAAUAAUACUAAUAAUAAUCGAAAACGAAAAAUAUCAACUACAAUUAAUUCAAAUAUAAAUGACAGACAAAAGAGAAAAUUUGUACCAUCACCAUCACCAGAAUUUAAUAAUGAAUAUCAAGAUAUUGCACAUUCUGACAGUGAUGAAGAUGUAUUACCUGAUGAAUUACCAAAACCAAGUUUUAUUAAGAAUGGUCUUCGUUCAAAUUAUUAUAAAGUAACAACUGACAGUGAUAUUAAAUCUACUAGUAAAAAUCGAGCAGUUCGUCGACGACAACAAUUAUCAGGUUCAUUACCACCAUUUUAUAAGGGAAUAUUUGAAUCUGAUGAUGAGAAUUUAUCUUAUAUUGAUUAUCAACUUCCAUUUGAUAUCUAUUGGUUUAGUCGAAAACAACCAACAACAAUUAAUUUACCUUCGUUGUCAGUGAAGUCUACUAAUCAACAGAAAAAGAAAAAAAUAAAUCAACCAAAACAAAAACAACAACAACCAUUGCCUAAUAAAAAAACUAUAGAGACAACUAUUGAACAAAAACUUUUAUCGUCUAAAAUUAAUGAUAAAAAACAACAUAAAAUUAUAAAUAUAAACAAAAGUUUAAUAAAAAUUGAAGAAUUAACAGAACAUGAAAAACAAAUUAUUUUACAGUCAUCAAUUUUUCUAAAACGUAAUCUUCGACGUCUAAAAGAAAAACAAGAAUUAAAAGAUAAAAAUAGUAAUCAACAUAAACAACAUGUAGAAGAACAACCAUUACCUCUUUUCUAUUCACAAAAUUAUUAUCAUUCAAAUAUAAUAAAAGAAACAAACAAUUCAAUAGAUAAUUCAAAAUUAUCUCAUAAAGAUCUAUUAAAUUUAUUUUACAAUCAUAUUCGUCGUUCACAUUUUUAUAAAACUGGUCAAUGUUCAAUAGAAGUUAUUGAUCAAACAUGUUAUUAUGCUCAAUUAGCACAAUUAACUUUAAUACUUAAUGAAAUAUUUGAUUUAUUAUUAAAUUAUAAAUGUCAUUAUAGUGAUAUUUAUCCAUCAAAUGCAUUAAAAAAAUGUCCAUUAAAACGUUUAUUUCCUAUGUAUUAUGAAUUAAUAUUAAAACCAAUUGAUUUAACAAUUAUACGUAAUAAAUUAGAUAAUGGUGAAUAUUUAUCAUAUGAUUUAUUUGAACAAGAUUUAUUAUUAUUAUUUAAUAAUGCUAUUACUUAUUGUGGUGAAGAUUCAGAUGUUGGACGAGCUGUAAAAGAAUUAGAAAUAUAUUUUAGAAAUAUUUUAAAAAUUAGUUAUCAAUCAACACUUAAUUUAUUUAAUAAUAUGAAUAAUAAAGAUAAAAAUCAACGUAAUUUAAAUAUUCUUCAAGAUUUUAUAACACGUUUACAUCAAAAAGAAAUUUUCGAUGGACAAAUUCGAGAAAUUCUUUAUAAUAUUAUUUAUACGAUAGAUAAUAAUACAUCAAUUGUUUAUAAAACAGUUCUGACUAAUACAACAAAUACAAGUCGAACAACAAAAAAUAUUUCAACGAAUGAUUGUAUUGUUCAUUGUCGAUGUGGUUCUGUUUAUGAUGAAACUUCUCUUGUGCAAUGUUAUGCUUGUCAAGUAAGAUAA